UCUUCCACUCCACAACCUCCCCCCACCACAUCACACAACACCGGCACCAACAAACAUCACGAAAUUCCCAGAUCGAGAGUGCUGGUCCCUCAUACCAGCUACUCCAUUUCAUCUCCAUCGAUAGAGAAUCCGAAGGGCGCCUGCACCGUUCCCUCCGUCACGCUCUUUUCGAUCUCUCCAAUCCGCGACCCGACAUCGCCUUACCUUCUCUCUCAACCUCACCCCAACAGUGUCUGUACAUCAGGACAUUCCUACUGGAGCUCCAGCCUCGAAAGUUCAUCCUUGGAGCAGGUAAUAUUUUUCUUCGUGAUAGCUAAUUUACAGAUCUCGCGCGGCUACCGCAGAGCACCUAAUUCAUUCUGCCUAUCCCCCACAACUGAACAUCAAGCAUUCGUCCACAUACGGGGUUAUCCACCGCGGAUGCUCCUUUGACUGUCUGCCAAGCUGUCGGCAGCUAGGAUAGGCACGGAGGCAGUGGAGGGGGUCGAUAACGAAAUCUUAGCGGUCUUUCCGCUCCCGCCAUCAUCAUGGUCCGAGUAACGAAGACUAUGCAAGCGAGGCAUGCCGAAUCCUUGUCACCAUUCGUCAAGGAGUUCCGCAACGCGGCGUGUACAGUUUCCUUGCCCCUCCUCCCACAACAUCUUGCAACGUUCCCGUCAAGAUGGCCGUUUCCUCGGGGCGACCUCUACCACUGGAUCUCCCUCUUAAACCGGUUCGACGAUAUUCUCGACAGAUUCUGCAGUACAUACAAGCUUGAGGAUCCUCAGAUCAGCAAUUUUGGUUGCGAGAUUCUCAAGUCGGGGAUCGACGAAAAGGAAGUGGCUUCUCCCACAGGACAUGAUCUCGAAGCACUGGGAUACUCUGCGGAGGGAGAUAGAGAGUUGGUGGAGUCAAUAUUGAACUUCUCGAAGAUGCUGCUACAGAAUUGCGGAAAUCGAAGCGUUUACGCAAGCAGUUCACAUCUGAACAAGCUGUUGAACAGUACUUCUCUUUCGCUCCUGGAAGUCACACUGGAGCUGGGUUCGGAAUUGGCUCAGAGAUACCAAGCAGCUAUGAAGCGCAUGAAUAUUCCACUUCGUCAUGUUAGUCAGGCCCUUCUUGCCAACCACUACAACAUCAAUCUGGACCGAGUAUUGCAGCUGGCCUUACCAUUCUCGAAGAAUGUAACGACUGCGGCGGAGUCUGUUCACCCUACAACUCCUGCUACUCCGACUGUCAAGGGUAAAGAAAAGGCACUCUUCAGCACUCCAACAACAAAAGGUGCCACAACUACAGUGUACGCCACUGAUCUGGUUACUAUCGUCAAGGGCGGGUCUGUGGUAGGCAGCAGCCCCAAGAGUGUCCGGAAUGGCGCAACUACUCUAUCAAAUUCAGAAACUGAUUGGGAAGAGUGGGGAGAUGUAAAGCUCACAUUUUAUCCAAAGACGAAUGUCGAGCCAGAUACUAAUGGAACUACCAACACCUCUGCUCCGGCACCUUACACUCCUCCUCAAGGAAUGCCCACAACUCCAACACCUUCACGGAGAUCUAAUCUUGGGCCCGGUUCAUCACGCGCUGACAGACAUACUGCCAGCGACGAGUCCCCGUCUACCCUACCUCGUGCUUCUACAUUUCCUACCAUUAAUACCGAAGAUACCCCGCGUCCUAAUUUCAAGGUCAUUGAAAUUUCUUGCUCCAAAAUCAAGGCUACUGGUCUACAUGCGCUCCUGGCCGAGCAUAUGUCGGAUCUGCCGGUUGAUCAGAAAUAUGAGUUGUUGACAAAGCUUCGUGUCGCAGAUGCAUUGACAACCUCCGUAGAGACAAGACGCCAAAUGCUAGCUGUCAGAUUAUUGGCUAUCACAAAUUUGGCAUACAUCCAUCCUGAAGCCACCUUCCUGGAGAAUGUCCUAAAGCAAGACAGCGAAGAGCCACGCCGAUUACAGCUCAUAUAUCAACUUGCGGAGCUGAUUCACCCACCUGCUGAUGGCGAUGUUGCUGUACCUCGGUCUAUUCAGACAUUGGCAUUUGCUGUGUUGGAUGCCAUGGCAAAUCUUCAGACCCCGUUCGCAGAUGUCUGUGCUGCGCUAAACACCAAUGUCAAUCACGGAGUUCUUCUCUACGUUGUCCGCAAGGCUGUUGCUGAGAUGGGCAAUACGGAGGAGGAACCGCAGCGCUCAGAGGACGAUGUUUGGCGUGAUACACUCUUCUCGCUCCUUGCUAACUUGUCGGUCAAUCCUCGCACUGGGACCGAUCUCAUCACAGCUGGACUCAUGCCUAUCUUGGUUGAAGUCUUGACCCUCCGGACUGACAUCGCCGAGCGUUACCAUCCUCUGGUUCUUAGCUUUCUCGACACCAUCAUGUACAGCGCACGAGAGGCUUUUACCGCGCUUGUCGGAGCCGAUGGGCUUGAUUCGGUGUCUAGCUUGAUCGUCUACGAAGUAGGCUCUGCUGCAGACAAUGCCGCUGCUGGGAAUGGAAUGCCAAUCCAGUACCGAUCUUCGAUGGUGGAUUACGAUAUUCCUUUCUUCCAACAGCAGACUUUGAAAUGGCUUUUCAAGUUCAUCCACCAUAUGAUGUCAACUGCUGGUGGCUACGGUGGAAAUUUCGACCGUCUGUUGAGAAACUUGAUUGACUCAUCCCAACUGCUCGCCAGCCUUCGUCAAAUCAUUGGAAAUGCGCGCCUCUAUGGCUCGACCGUCUGGACCAAUGCUGUCAGCAUUCUCAACGACUUCAUCAACAAUGAGCCAACCAGUUUUGCAGUCAUCGCGGAAGCUGGACUCAGCCGAGGUCUCCUCGAGGCUGUCACCGGUACAACCAUCAGCAUGCCGGUUGAGCCAAAGACUUCACAGGCUGAGGUGAGCGCCUCAACUGACGACGCAGCUGACUCCACUGUUACCGACAGCUCUCCAUCUCCUAACUCGGACGACGAAGAUGCCGAUAGCACUAGUGAGGAGGCGUAUAAGGUGACUCCGAUCACACCAGCCAUGUUGCAAGUUCCACGCGAAGGACAGCUUGCUCGCGGCAUCCUUCCAAACUCAGAAACUAUCAACAUUGUGCCACAAGCAUUCAGUGCUAUCUGCCUGAACAAUGCCGGAAUGAAGAUGUUUCAGGCGUCCAAGGCCCUUGAAAUUUUCUUUGAGAUCUUCGAGAGCCCUGAGCAUGUCAAGUGUAUGGAGUCGAAUAAGGAGCUACCCAGUAGCCUUGGGGGUAGUUUUGAUGAGCUAGUUCGCCAUCAUCCACCUCUAAAGGACGCAAUUAUGACAUCGAUUGUCAAUAUGGUUGCUCGUGUUGACUACCUGUGCAAAAGCAAGGCUGAGUCUGACAACAUCGGUGCGAAGCUAUGGACAACAGACAGUACAGGAAAUCCGGUGGUUGCAAACGACCAGAUCAGUCUUUCUCUUGUCGAUCGUUCCAUCAAAGGCAAGGGCAAGGCUGUCGAUGAUAGUGGAGAUGUGGAAAUGCGGGAUGCUGACACAGCCUCUCUUUCUGCCCCGACUGCUUCGUCUACACCAGCGGACAUCAAUUCGACUGUAUCGAUGACUCCCUACAUCACUGCUGUUGCAACAUUCCUCUCUUCCAUGUUCGGCAAUACCUCAGCUCGGGCUGAGUUCUGUCACAAGGGCGGCCUUGAAUACAUCCUCAAUCUUGCGCAUUCCCCAUGUCUUGCGUACGACUUUGGAGAUUCUUCGGCGUGUCGCACAUUUCACCAUGUGAUUGCCCAGCUUGCAGACGCGAAGCCGUAUCUUGUUAUGCCCUCCUUGUUGAAAAGAGCUCUGAGUGCUGCUGAUGACCUGCAACCAUUCAUCGCUCACGAUGGGGAAAGUUACUUCUUUGCGCCAUUCGUCAGUACAGAGGCUUGUCAAUCCGCAGAUGUCGCCACCCUUUCAAAGGGCACAAAGUUUGCUAAGGCACUAGUCAACCUACAUUCAUUGAUUCCCACGAUCAACAUGUGCUUCCAAGCAUCGGCUUUCAACCACAGAGGCGGCACUACCGUCUUCAAUCAAGUCAAUGUUGCGGAUUACUAUGUUCAGCUUGUUAAGACUCUCGGUCCACUACUAGGGGCAUCUCUGCAGGAAGAUAUGCGAUUGCGAAAAUCUGUUCCAGAAUCAUGGCAGAACUCGAGCCGUGUGAAAGAGUCUGGAUUUGGAGAGUCAUGUCCUGAGCCUCUUGUGGCAACCGACUCACCUGCUCCUGCUGAGCCUGCCGCCGAGCUGCCACCCCCAGCCACUACUGCUAACGCUGCUAAUGGUGACGUGCCAGAUGCUCCGGAAAGCAAGCCAGCUAUCCCGGAAAAGUCGCCAAAGACGGUAUCGAAAGCUGAGCAGUCAAGUCCAUCCUUCAAGAACUAUCAAACCCUCAGAUAUCUUCUUGGAAAGAUGUCCAGAGUUAUUACUCCGUUCUUCCAGACUCUUGGGAAGGCACUGGUGAGCAAAAGGGUUCCAGAUAAUUUUCAGAAGCAAGGAGUGUUAGCUAUUGCGGAUGCUCUGGUGGAGUCAAUCUUGAGCCAGCUCACUCCAUCUGAGGAUGACUACUCGCCAGAAACUUUCUCGUACUGGAUCGGAAUAUUGCACUGCCUCAAAGACAUGUUGAUUGAGAAUUCGCGUCACAAUGAGCGUCCCAUCCAGACCAUUACAAUUGUUUUGCUAGCUUUCAAGGAGCACGAUGGAAUGAAGACACUCAACCGUAUAUUGGAGAUCUUCACAUCAGAGAUCCGAAAGGCUACGAUUCCUGUUCCAGAAAUCCAUGAGAAGAAACCCGAAGAGUUCAUGUUGUAUGAGCUUGCAACUGCAGGAACCUCGAGUAUUCUUUCUCUGUAUAGCCAGAUGGUCAAUGGGCGAAACUUGAUCGAAGCUACUCAGACCAUUUCGUUGUCAGGACGAGCCGACCGAGAAAGACGAUUGGAACUUGGCGACGUGUUCUCCCCAGCUCAAUUGCUUGUUGAGUUACGAAUGGCCAUUCUUCCCCUUAUUCGCAAUCUAUGGGGAUCUGAUCUCAUCGAAAAGGGCACAAGCCAAAUAUCUGAGAAACUUAUUGAGGUAAUCCGCACCAUUGCGACGGCUGAUCACGAAGGAGGUGCGCACAAGAGAGGCGAUGCUCCAAUGAAUCCAGCCAAGCAAGUUCGCAAAACCUUCAAGCCGAACGCCGAAUACCAAUCUGCCCUAGCUGCAUCGGAUGUUACCGAUGCUGGUAAUGCUGAUAUUGCAGAUGAGGCUCUCUACCGUUGCAACAAUAAUCUCACAUCUUCCAUGGAGUACUACAGACUGGCUGCUGCAGACCCCUCACACCGCCACCCAGUUCCAGCUGGUGACAUUGCUUAUGGAACACCUGAAGCAAAUCCAGUCUCUCGGCCUCAAACCAGCAUCUCAACUGGUACUGCGACUCCUGAAGAUCAUGCAAUGGCAGGAAGUGUCAGGGAUAUUGUCGGUGCUCUCAAUGAUAUCGUGCCGCCCCCUGGCAGCGCUAUAGCUGGUGAUGGCGCAAGUCUUGACCAAGCUCUGGCCCAGGUGGUCAACAACUAUGCGAAUAGAGGUGCAGAUGGUCUUGCUGCAUCCUCAGAGUCGACUCCAACAGGCUCAACAGCUCCGAAGGCAACUACCGCUGUGGAGGCCGUCCCGAAUCGAGUCACAGUCGAUGACCUCAACAAUGAACGCGCUCUGAUUCGGGACAAUCUGAUCGAUAAGUGCUUGGAUGUCAUCAAUGCUCACGGCGAAGUGACCUUUGAAGUUUCGGAUCUGAUCACGACAGUGGUCAACAAGUCUGAUGACCCACCAUCACAACGAAAGGUUGUUAGUGAAACCCUAGUUGUUGCUCUCAUGUCUUUCGCUGGUGAAGAGGAUCUAAGCGCAACUGGUAAGAAAGUUGCUGCCUACGCACAUCUACUUGGUCUCAUGCUCCGAGACAAGCUGUUCUACACGGCCGCCGUCGACGAAUUGAAGGAAAAUCUUGGCACGUUGCUCACAUUCAUCAAGCUGUCUCCUAAGCACUCUGGAGAGGAGUCUUCACCAUGGGUACCCCAAAUUCUACUCAUCGUCGAGAUGCUAUUGAGCGAUGAUGCUCGACCACAAAAAACCAAAUGGACAGUGCCAAAGGACGAGAACGAUGUCCCAGAGCCUCCUGUACUGGAAGUCGUCGAGCCUGCGGUUGGGCCAGAAGAGCGUGCUCAGCUUUUGGACGCUAUCCUAGACAUUCUCAUUCGCAUCGGCAAGGAUGAACGCCUUGCACUUGCAGUUUUGCGAAUUUUGGUCAUCUUGACUCGAACCCGAUCAAUUGCCCAAAGCAUUGGUGAGAAGAAGAAUAUUCAAAGACUCUUUGUAAUGGCCAAGCAACUCGCUGGGGCAAGCUCUGCUAAGAUCCAGGGUCCAUUGAUGAUCAUUCUUCGUCACAUCAUCGAAGACGAUGAGACCAUCAAGCAAGUCAUGCGAUCAGAAAUUAAGGCAUAUCUGGACACCAAUCGUCAAGCACGCAAUAUUGAUGAGAAGACUUAUCUUCGUGGACUCUCACACACAGCUUUGCGAAAUCCGGAACUGUUUGUUGAAGUUACCAACGAAAUGGUAAAGAUUAAUCGUUGGACUUAUCAGGCUCAUGAUGGUCGCCCUCAUUCCCUGGUCUUGAAAGAGCGAGCUCCAGAGCCUGCUGCCAAGUACGACAGCGUACAACCUACUGUUCAGGCGACUGAAGAUUUAACCAUCCAGGACGUAAAGACAACCACCGAGGUCGUGGACACAGAUAUGCCAGAUGUCUCCAAGCCCAUCGGACACGAGCAGAAGUUACCAGUGGUGGAGAACCCUGAUGGAGUGAUUCACUUCUUACUCUGUGAGCUGCUCAACUACAGAGAUGUUGAAGACAAAGAUCCUGCAGUGGCUCCAGCCACUUCCGAGAGCAAUUCAGCCAGCAAUGGAGACGUGUUGAGUAGGGUCUCGUCCUCGGACUCGGAUUCCACUACGGCCAAGGACCCUAAGGGCAAGCCACCUUCCAAGCAAGAGUUUAAGGCCGAGGAGCACCCCAUCUACAUCUAUAGAUGUUUCAUUCUCCAGUGUCUCACGGAGUUAUUGUCAUCAUACAACCGUACCAAGAUCGAGUUCAUCAACUUCAAGCGCAGUGCUCCGCCUCAGUCCAUGACCCCGUCCAAACCCCGAUCGAGUGUAGUCAACUACCUUCUCUUCGAUAUCAUUCCUCUUGGCACAUUGGACCAUGCCGAAAAUACAACCUUGCGCAAGAAGCUUGUAACUUCGAGCUGGGCGGACUCUGUACUAACAGCCCUUCUGUGCAAGACCGGGGAAGUACCUGUCGACAAGACUCACGAGCCAUACGAUAGCGACAGCGAGCCAGAUCUUCUAUUCGUCCGCCGUUUUGUCCUGGAAAACAUUCUCAAGGCCUACACUCAGGCAAGCACAUCGACUGAGCCACUUGAUGUCAAGUACGCACGAAUGCUGUCCCUUGCGGAUCUCAUGAAUCACAUUAUGAACGGAAAGGAGAACGUUGGUCCCACAGACACCUCCGUUGCCAGCGCGUCCCAAAAGCAGCUUCGCCGUAUUAUGUUCGAAAAGGGCUUCGUCGCAGCUCUGACUGCUUCCAUUGCAGAUGUUGAUCUCAAUUUCCCCGGUGCCAAGCGCGCUGUGAAGUACAUCUUGCGACCCCUCAAGACACUUACCACAACUGCUGUCAGUCUGAGUGACCUGUCCUUAAUAUCUGCAACUGCCGGCCAAGGUGAUGAGGAUGAGAUUGAGUCCGCGACCUCCAUGUCUGAACCAGAAGACGAUCGUGAGGAAACUCCAGACUUGUUUAGAAACUCGACCCUUGGCAUGCUCGAAUACGGCAGAGAAGAGGACUCGUCGUCAGAAUCCGAUGAUGGAGACGAGGAGAUGUAUGAGGGCGAGUACGAAGAUGAGAUGGACUACGAUGAGGAUGGUCCAGGAGAUGAUGAAGAUAACAUCAGCGAUGAGGACGAAGAAAUCGAAGGCAUGGAAGGCAUGGGGCCUAUCGAAGGAGUCGAUGGAGACCAUGGCCUAGACGUCGAAGUCAUAAUGGCAGACGAUGACGAAGACGACGAAGACGACUCGAGUAGCGGCGAUGACGACGAUGACUCCGAAGAUGAUGAUGGCCGUGUUGAAAUCAUCGAUGAGGCUGGAAACAUCCAACAGCUCGCUGACGAUGAUAUGGGCGAUUGGGAAAGUGAUAACGAUGAGGACGAUGAUGCAGAGGAAGAAGAUUACGAAGGUCAAGCCGCUGACGCUGAAGAAGAGCAAAUGCAUGCUAUGGAAAUGGGCGGGCCAAUCGGCCACCUUGUCCGUGCUCUUGGUGGGGACGUUGAGGCUGCCGACAUGAUUGAACGCAUGGAAGCUGCUGAAGGCAUGGACCAUGAUGAAGACGACGAAGAUGAGGAGCGUAUUCCUGGAGAGUAUGCGGAGGAUGAUGAAGAAGAGGGUGAUGAGGAGGAUGAAGAUGAGAUGGACGAAGAGAUGUUGUUUGACCAAUAUCCACUUGAUGGUCCUGGAGGAAUCAACUUUGGUUGGCAAGAUGAGGCUGAGCCACCGAUGGUUGUCCACCGUCGUGCUCGCGGUGGCUUCUCCCCAUUCCCUAUGGGAUUUGCUGGCGGUCCUCGUGAUCCGCUGGGUGUGCCAGAGUAUCGACCGUCGUACAGAUCGCAUCGACCAGGUGCGUCCGCAUCACGUGGAGCAGGAGAUGAUGGGACCAAUCCAUUGCUCCAGAGAAGUCAUCUUGGCGGACCAAGCCGAAAUGGCACCAGCCGUGUACCUUCUAUGGGAAGCUGGAUCCAAGCUAUGGGUGGCCCUGGUGGAGAGAUAUUAGAUAUCGGCGGCCGACCCUUUGGUCACAUUGCACGUCACGGACAAGCUCUCCAAUUCCACAUCACUGCUGCCCCGGGUCAGCCAUUCCCACCUGAUCUUCAAGCUAUGUUCAGUAUGCGUCCAUCUCGAUUCGAGAGACAACGAGAAGCAACUGAGCCUGGAAACGUCGCCUUCUUUACCCCUCUGUCCACAACUGCUCGAUGGCUCGAGGAAGCUAAGAUUGUCUUUGGUCCCACGGGCGUGGAGAGAUCUAACGAUCUUGCUGGUGCGAUUUUAUCACUCCUCGUGCCCCCUGCUAUUGAGCUCGACAAGGCAAACAAAGCAGCCGAGGCCGAAAAGACUCGUAAGCUCGAGGAGGAAAUCAAGAAGAAGCUUAAGGAGGAGCAGAUUGCAAGGGAGAAGAGGGAAGAGGAAGAGAGAAUUGCAAAGGAAAAGAAGGAAGCUGAAGAGCGAGAGGAGGCUGAGCGAGUCGCUGCAGAGGCACUUGCUGCUCGAAGCCCCGAGGAGGAGACAAGUGAUGCCCAAGCUGGUGUCGAGCCCCAAGAACGGGAUGCCAUGGAUGGUGUCGAAUCCGAAGUCCCAGCACAAGCAGCGUCGGCCGACCAAGCUGACGAAACUCCGGCAGCAGACCGUCCGAGAAUCACAACUAUGAUUCGCGGAGCUCCAUUUGAUAUCACGGACCUUGGUGUUGAUGCCGAUUUCCUGGCCGAAUUGCCAGAUGAUAUUCGAGAAGAAGUCAUCAUGUCAGCAGUUGCUGAGCGAAGAUCCACUGCUGCCGCAACCGGUGCUCAACCUACGGAUAUUGAUCAAGAAUUCCUAGAUGCUCUGCCGGAAGACAUUCGUGACGAGAUCAUUCAGCAAGAGAGACAAGACAGACGUCGUCGUGAACGUGAGGAGCGUAACCGCGCAGCUGCUGCAGCCAGUGGCGGAGCUGUUGCCGGUGAUAUGGAUGCGGCAACAAUCUUAGCUACUCUUCCGCCAGCUCUGAGAAACCAAGUGCUCAUGGAACAGGACGACGAGACUCUAGCCCAACUUCCACCUGAGCUCGCCGCACAGGCGCGAGCUAUUCUAAGAGAGCAAGUUGGUCACGGUAGAGUGCCGGCUCAAUUUGCACGCAGAGUUCCACCCCCCGGUGAGCCUCGUGCGCCCAAUGCCGAAAGACCUCAACGUCGUGCCAUUGUCCAGAUGCUCGACAAGUCUGGCAUUGCAACUCUUUUACGUCUGAUGUUCAUAUUUCAGCAUGGAAGUCUUCGAAGCACACUCAAUUCUGUUCUCCAGAAUAUCUCGUUGAAUCGACACAACAGAAAUGAGGUCAUUAGCACUCUUUUGCACAUUCUCCAAGACGGUAGCGUUGAUAUGACUGCUGUUGAGAGAAGCUUCGCCCAUCUCUCGCUACGAGCCAAGCAACCAAAAGAUGCUCAGCCCAAGACUCCUCAACCACAGUCUUUGAAGAGAGCUCUCACAACCUUGGGACCUGUUACACAGACAACCUUUGAAGCUUCUCCUCUCAUGGUUGUUCAACAAUGUUUGGCUGCCUUGGUCUCCCUGAAUCAGGUCAAUCCUCACAUCCCAGCAUAUUUCUUGACCGAGCACAAUACUGUCGAAGGUCUCAAGCGUAGUGUCAGCCGUAAGGGCAAGGGCAAGGAGAACAAGGCCGCAAAGUACGCCCUCAAUUCUCUGCUUAGCCUUCUGGGCCGUGACCUCAUCAUGGAGAGCUCAAGUGUUAUGGAGUCUCUGUCCACGUUAUUGAACAUGAUUACCUCCCCGCUCCAAGGUCUUCAACGUAAACAAAAGGAGGCUGAAGAGGCCAAGAAGAAGGCCGCGGAAGCCGCAGCAGCAGCCGAAGCUGCUCCUUCUAUCACAUCGCCAGAGACCACGACAACUACGACUGACCAGCCUAGCGAGGCUCAAGGAGAUGCACCUAUCUCCGAGGCAUCCCCUGCCGUCGAAGUUACACAAGUUCAACCUGAAGCGGGCGAGGCAUCAACAUCUCCUGCUGCUCAGGAGCCAAAGCCGGACGCUGCCAAGGAUGAAGAGAAGUCAAAGGAAAAGAAGGUCACCGUUUUCACACCACCCGUCAUUCCAGAGCACAACUUGAAGCUUGUCAUCAACAUCUUCGUUGCACGUGAGUGCUCCUCAAAGACCUUCCGAGAGACACUGUCUACUAUCAAGAAUCUUUCUACUAUUCCCAACGCCAAGGCUGUUUUUGGGCGCGAACUCAUCUCCAAGGCCCAAGGACUCGGUGAGAUCAUUCUCGUCGAUCUCGAGGAACUUCUUCCGCAAAUCCAGAAGGCCACCACUGGCACUGAGAUUCAAGGUGUGGCACUGGCCAAGUUCUCGCCUGGUGGUUCGGAUCAAAACAAGUUGCUCCGAGUCUUGACUGCUCUUGAUCAUCUAUUCGACCCUAAGCGUGAGAAGAAGGACAAGCCAAAUGAGGUGGAGCCUGAGGGCGAGUCGUCUCAAUUAGUAGAGAAGCAAGAUCUCUUGUCUUCGCUGUACGAAAAUCCUACAUUCGGUCGUAUGUGGGAACGACUCAGCUCUUGUCUCAGUGCCAUCAGACAACGAGAGCACAUGCUCAAUGUCGCUACCAUUCUUCUGCCUCUCAUUGAGGCAUUGAUGGUCGUAUGCAAGAACACCACUUUGAAGGAUACUCCAAUUUCUCGAACUCAACACGGGAAGGAGAUGCUCUUGACAAGCCCUCCACCCGAGAGCCAAAUGGAGAGUUUGUUCUACACCUUUACUGAGGAGCAUCGCAAGAUUCUUAACGACCUCGUUCGACACACUCCCAAGUUGAUGUCUGGCACAUUUUCCCUCUUGGUCAAGAAUCCUAAGGUAUUGGAGUUCGACAACAAGCGCAACUACUUCUCUCGAAGCAUUCAUGCCAAGGCUCCAAACACCCGUCAGUCAUUCGCCCCUCUUCAAUUAUCAGUUCGCCGAGACCAGGUCUUCCAUGAUUCCUUCAAGUCUCUCUACUUCCAAACUGGCGACCAGAUGAAGUAUGGCAAGCUCAGUAUCCGAUUUCAUGGUGAAGAGGGUGUCGAUGCUGGCGGUGUUACUCGUGAAUGGUUCCAAGUACUUUCGCGCCAGAUGUUUGACCCAGGAUACGCUCUCUUUGUUCCUGUUUCUUCUGACAGAACUACCUUCCACCCCAAUCAUUCCAGUGGUAUCAACGAGGAGCAUCUCAUGUUCUUCAAGUUCAUCGGACGCAUCAUUGGCAAGGCUCUUUACGAGGGUCGUGUAUUGGACUGUCAUUUCAGUCGGGCUGUGUACAAGCGUAUUCUUGGCAAGGCUGUCUCCGUUAAGGAUAUGGAGUCUCUUGAUCUAGACUACUACAAGUCACUUAUCUGGAUGCUUGAGAAUGAUAUUACCGACAUCAUUACGGAGACCUUCUCUACGGAGCAAGAACGCUUUGGUGUCACCGAGACAGUGGACUUUAUUCCAAAUGGUCGCAAUAUCGCAGUGACUGAAGAGAACAAGCAUGAAUAUGUCCGCUUGAUGACUGAGUUUAGACUCACUGGGUCGGUCAAGGAGCAGUUGGAUGAGUUCUUGAGAGGUUUCCAUGAUAUUAUUCCCGCUGAACUGGUUGUCAUUUUCAACGAGCAAGAGUUGGAGUUGUUGAUUUCCGGUCUUCCUGAGAUCGACGUUGACGACUGGAAGAGCAACACUGAGUAUCACAAUUACACGGCCUCCUCUCCACAGAUCCAGUGGUUCUGGAGAGCUGUUCGCUCAUACGAUAAGGAAGAGCGCGCUAAGCUUCUGCAAUUCGUUACAGGAACCAGUAAGGUGCCUCUGAACGGCUUCAAGGAACUGGAGGGCAUGAAUGGCUUCAGCCGAUUCAACAUUCAUCGUGAUUAUGGAAACAAAGAUAGACUGCCAAGUUCGCAUACUUGCUUUAACCAACUUGACCUCCCAGAGUACGAAAGCUACGAGGCUCUUCGCAAGCAAGUCCUCACUGCCAUCACAGCUGGAAGCGAGUAUUUUGGAUUCGCAUAAGCAACACACCCCCCAUUCUUCUUUCAGAUUGACGACUUUCUUUCUCUCUCGAUUCUGCGUUUACGACAUCAUGCAUUGCAGGCCUUGAUCAGCAUUUUCGACGGCGUCUGAACUGAAACUCGAACUUGAACUUGAACUUGAACUUCAACUAUCACCUAUUUUUUCCCACUGGGUUGUCUUAUGUUGUUUGCGAAAUUUUUUGCGGAUGGUUUGGCAUGGGGAAGAUAUUACACUCACAUUGACUUUAUCCGGCCUUAUCAACGAUACAUCAUCUCAACUUCCUCUGGGCGCCCGCAACGAAGUGCAGGUCGUUUGUGGAUUGUCCCGGGUUUUAUGAGUUGGUCCUCUGAUUUGGUGGGUCGAUGAGGGUGGAUUUGACAUAUGAAUGGGUGGAGGAUGGAUGGAUGGACGGUGCGUACAUGGAGUGGAGUGCGCGCGGGUAUGUAAAAUAGAUAGCUGGCUGGUUGGGCUGGACUGGGCUGGGGUUACAUCUUUUGAUGUGGUGGGCAGAUAGCAAUAGAGCGUGUUUAUUACG